CGAGGGGUGGGGCUUCCCGGCCUAAGGGUUUAAAGAGCGCCUCGGACGGGGCCGCGCAGCUGGAGCGACCAAGCGGUGCCAGGCCAGGUGUGCGCGUCGGUCGGUCCUUCCGUGCCCGCGCCGGAGACCAGCCCCGGAGGCCGCCCGGGCCCGUCCCUGUGCCCGGCACCAUGAAGCAGGAGACUGCAGCCCAGAACUCCCCUCCCGCCUCUCCUCCCUCCUCACAACCCCUCUCCGAAGACGGCGACCCCCAAGCGUUGUGGAUUUUUGGGUACGGCUCCCUGGUGUGGAGGCCCGACUUCGCCUACAGUGACAGCCGUGUGGGCUUCGUGCGCGGCUACAGCCGCCGCUUCUGGCAGGGAGACACCUUCCAUCGCGGCAGUGACAAGAUGCCUGGUCGUGUGGUGACCCUCCUUGAAGAUCGUGAGGGCUGCACUUGGGGUGUGGCAUACCAGGUGCAAGGCGAGCAGGUGAGCGAGGCCCUGAAGUACCUGAACGUGCGGGAGGCAGUGCUUGGCGGCUAUGAUACCAAGGAGGUCACCUUCUACCCUCAAGAUACCCCUGACCAACCACUCAAGGCAUUGGCCUACGUGGCCACCCCACAGAACCCUGGCUACCUGGGUCCUGCCCCCGAGGAGGCCAUCGCUACACAGAUCUUGGCCUGCCGAGGCUUCUCUGGGCACAACCUUGAGUACUUGCUGCGCCUGGCGGACUUCAUGCAGCUCUGUGGGCCCCAGGCUCAGGAUGAGCACCUGGCCGCCAUCGUGGACGCUGUAGGCACCAUGCUGCCCUGCUUCUGUCCCACUGAGCAGGCUUUGGCACUGGUCUGAGGGGCUGAGCCCCUGCAGGGAGUGCCUACAUGGACACGGGGGCCAGGUCCCCACUCCAAUGCACAUAGACAGACUUGAUACAGCUGGAGCUCACUGAGAGGACUCAGUGGGCCGACAGGGGCCUCUCUUAACCCCCUGCCUGUCCACCAGCCCCCAGAUCUCCUGCUUGACACUGACUUACUACUUGAAACUUUAUUUAUUGCACCAUGUUGGUGUGGUGGGCAGGGUGGGGGGCCUGCCCUAGAUACAGGGGAACUGCUGAGCAGUGCCCCACCCCAGGUGCCUGGGCCCUGGCUGGAAUCCCCCCAGUGCUGCUACUGUCCCCAUGCUACCCAGGCCUCCAUCUUCCCAGGGAGCCUCCAAGAGCCUUGACCGUCUGCCUGCCCCCUCCAGACCAACCAUUUCCCAGCCCCAGAAACACCACCUGCCAAGGGUCCCAGCCUGCUGGUGAGGGUGUAGAAGGGAGUGAGGAGAGGGAGCCCUGUAGGAUCUGAGGCCCUGCAGCGUGUUCAUCCUCCGGGUCCCCAGGGCAGGCUGGCUCUGCAGCCCAGACACAGCUGCUGAGGCUGAGCCAAGGCCUCUUCCCCAUUUGGCUUUGUUUCCCUGUUCCUCAGUCUGUCUGUCUGGGCUACUUCUGUCUGUCAGUCUAUUCCUGGGAAGCUUAUCACUGUAGGUAGGCCCUGGCCCUUUCCUAGUCUGUCCCAUACUGUAAUCCAUAAACUGACCUCAUUAUCUGUGCUGUGCUGGAAUAUGGUUCUUUCUUCAGAUGGGGGUUUGGGAUGAGUGAGGGGGUGUGCCCCCGAAAGACUCAUUAGAGGGGGAAGGGCUCCCUCUUCAUCCCCCAUGGCUCUCCCAGAGAGGAACUGCUGAGCAGGCAGGGCUGCGGGGUUCUUAGUGCACACGAAGAAUGCCCCCCCAAGGCAUGCAGAUUCUGCCUGGGCCGCUCCACUUGGCAGCCCUGUGAGUAGUCCUUGCCAGUGGCCUGGUAGCCUGCAUCUCCCCCAGCUGCUCUGAAGAGGUGGACAGGUGUGGAGUUCACAUCAGGUCUCCCUCCACUUGCAGGGUCAGCUGCUGCCUCUUCUUGACAGGGAAGCUAGAUCUCUGGCUUCCUGAUGAAGGAGCCAUGUGGGUUCAAAGGGCUUCAAGGGCAAGGUGGUGAAAACUUGUGAGACAGUGCUGACAGUGCAGGCCUGGAGGACCUGGUGGCCCUUUGACUUCUGAGGUCCAGGAGCUCGUUUUUGCCUCCUGGCCCUUGGUGUGGUCUGUGCCUUCUCUGUCACCCUGACCUACCUGCCAGGACUCAAAUCCAAAAGGGAGUCCCCUUUUGGACUGGGCACCCCCAGUCUGCUGUUUGUUUGCCAUCUGCCUGCCUCUGGCUACUCUUCCCUCCCCCAGCCCUCCCCCCAUCCCCCACCCCCAGGUGCAAGUCCCAGACCCCAAGAUCUCAGCCUGACCCUGGGCUCCUCAACUGGAAAUGGCCCCUCAGUGGAUUGAUCCUUUACUCCUGGACCUGUGGAAUGGGUGCAGGGGCCAGAUAAGGCUCUUGCAGCAGAAGCGCCUGGCUGUAAGCCAGCCUCCCCCUCACUUGCUCAGUGACCUCCAGAAAAGCCGUCUCUGAGCCUCUGUUUACCCUGGGGUGCUGUGUGGUGGGUGUUGCCGCCACUCUUGUUAUGGCUGAUGCCCUGGUUUGGUCUUGGUGUCCCCAGCAGGGUCAGCUCUGACCAAGCUGGGCAGCCAUUGUGCCUGGGAAGGGUGCCCAUGUCUUGGCAGCCUCGUGUCUUGGCCAUUGAUGGGAAAAGAAGUCCAGCCAGGUUCUUCUGGGAGCUCGGUCAGGACAGCACAACAGGAGGAGGUGACGGGAGGCAGGGAACCCUGGGCAGCUGCCUUCUGUGGCAGGGCAGGGCCAGACAGCCAGAUACUCACAUCAGAGCCUGCUCCAUAUGAAUGUGUGUAGGGGUGGGGAAGGUCACUUGCCUGCUGCACGUGGUCUCACAUACUUCAAGUCAUUCAUUCAGCGAGUAUUUACUAAGGUGCUGCUACAUGCCACACACCAAUUUAGACACUGGAGAUACAACAGAGAAGAAAUCCUGCUCCUCAAAGACCUCUGAAUGGUGACCAUUCAGCCUGAAAUGUGUCAUGAUGGGAACAGGGUACUCAGUGUAGAAAGGGCUCUUGACCCUGAGGUUGAGGGGAGGUCAGGGAAGGCUUUCAGGAGGAGAAGUUAUGAGGUUGAGAAGGGGUCUCUAGCAAACAGAGGCAGGAACAGCUUGUACCAGAGGGGUGCAAGAUCAGCCCUGCUGGGACAGUGCGGUGGGGAAGAGGGCAUGGGGAAGGAUGGGUAGCAAGACCUCAUUUCACUGGCUGCUCUGGUGAGCUGUGCUGUGGAGGUGGAAUUCCUCCUGGGUUAGUGGGGGCCCCCUGUGGAUUCUGAGUGGGGAAGAGGCUACUUAAAAAGGAACACUGGCUGCUGUGUCAGACUGGGGGAGGAAGGUCAAAGGCCAGGGAGAGGGGAGGUGGCUGGAGCUGUGGGGUGCAGUGGGAAAAGACAGGACGGUAGAUUUGA